GCUCAGUGGAUCGGCGGGACGUGGAAGCGGGGUUCACACCACGACUGCGGGACAAUUGUUCCGAGCUCCGGACACACUGUGGAGCCGCACCUCAGGACAUUCCGGCCCUCUCCUUCUCUUUCAGCCACAUCCCCACAGGGGUUCGCGAAUGAGCGAAGACGUGGCGCAAUUUGCAUAGCGCAUGCGCAACGCCGGGACCGUGACGGCUCUCGUUCGGAAUUCGGUUUAAUAUCAUCGGUAAUGUCGUGAAAUUUGUUGUCUUUGCGGCAGCGGAACAAUACAGUGUGUUAAUAAAAAACAAAUUGCAGAGAUGAAGAAGUGUCUCAUCCCAGCUGGAAAUGUGCUUUGUGUCUGAAAUUAAGUUUUCAGUUUGACCUCAGUGAGUCCACUGGAACCGGGGUGCUGAGAACACACCAGCACUUGUUGAUCUGUUUGCAGGAAGUGAUUUAUUGUAUCAUCCAAGCUGAUCAUACAACAGAAAUUUCACAGCAGUGAGAGGCCGUACACUUGUUCCCUGUCUAGGAAGAGAUUCAUUCACUCAGUUGAUCCACAGACACACCAGUGAGUUGACAAGGAAAGUAAUUGUUUCAUGUAUGGGAAGAGAUUUAUUUAAUAGUCUGAUCUGCUGACACAUGAGCAAGUUUUCGAUGGGGAGAGGCUGUUCGUCCAUUCAGACUGGGAAGUUAUUCACUCAGACACAUUAGUGAGUACACACAGCAGAGAGACUGUUCACCAGCUCAGACUGUGGGAUUCAAUCUGUUAUCCUUACAGACACAGCAGUUGGUUUACACUGGGGAAAUGAUGUUUACCUGCUUCGACUGUGGGAAGGGAUUCAAUCGAUCAUCUGACCUACAGAGACACCAGCAAUUUCACACUGUGGAGAGGCCGUUCAUCUGCUCAGACUGUGGGAAGGGAUUCAUUCACUCAUCUCACCUGAAGGAACAUCAGCAAGUUCACACCAGGGAGAGACCAUUCACCUGCUCUGACUGUGGGAAGGGAUUCACUCGAUCAUCUUACCUGAAGCAACAUCUGCGAGUUCACAGUGGUGAGAGGCCAUUCACCUGCUCUGAAUGUGGGAAGGGAUUUUCUCAGUCAUGCAACCUUGUGGUGCAUUAUCAAGUUCACACUGCGGAGAGGCCAUUCACCUGCUCUGAAUGUGGGAAGGGAUUCACUCAGUCAUCUCAACUGAAGAUACACCAGCGAGUUCACACUGGAGAAAGGCCAUUCACCUGCUCAGACUGCGGGAAAGGAUUCACUCAGUUACCUAACCUCCAGGCACACCAGCGAGUUCACACUGGGGAGAAACCAUUCACGUGUCCAGACUGUGGGAAGGGAUUCACUCAGUUAUCUAACCUACUGGCACACCAGCGAGUUCACACCAGGGAGAAGCCAUUCUCCUGCUCACAUUGUGGGAAGGGAUUCAGUCACUCAUUUCACCUGAAGGAGCAUCAGCGAGUUCACACUGGAGAGAGACCAUUCACCUGCUCAGACUGUGGGAAGGGAUUCACUCAGUUAUCUAACUUACUGGCGCACCAGCGAGUUCACACUGGGGAGAAACCAUUCACCUGCUCAGUCUGUGGGAAGGGAUUCAUUCGAUCGUCUUACCUUAAGCAACAUCAGCGAGUUCACACUGGAGAGAGGCCAUUCACCUGUUCGGAAUGUGGGAAGGGAUUUUCUCAGUCAUGCAACCUUGUGGCACACUAUCAAGUUCACACUGUGGAGAGCCCAUUCACCUGCUCUGAAUGUGGGAAGGGGUUCAAUCAUUCAUCCAACCUUCGGAAGCACUAUGGAGUUCACACUGGGGGAAAAUCAUCCACAGACAGAUAUCAGCGAAUACACAUGAGAGAGGCCAAUCACCAAUUCCUACAGACGCAACAGUUGGUUCACAGUGGGGCAAUGAUGUUCACCUGCUCAGACUGUGGGAAGGGAUUCACUCAGUCAUCACAACUGAAGGUACAUCUGCGAGUUCACACGGGAGAGAGGCCGUUCACCUGCUCAGAUUGUGGGAAAGGAUUCACACACUUAUCCAGCCUACUGGCACACCAGCGCGUUCACACCGGGGAGAAACCAUUCACCUGCUCGGACUGUGGAAAGGGAUUCACUCGAUCAUCUCUACUGAAGCUGCAUCAGCACGUUCACACUGGAGAGAGACCAUUCAUCUGCUCUGACUGUGGGAAAGGAUUCACUCGAUCAUCCUACCUCCUGACACACCAGUCAGUUCACACCGGAGAGAGGCCAUUCACCUGCUCAGACUGUGGGAAGGGAUUCAUUCAGUCAUCUCAACUGAAGGUACAUCAGCGAGUUCACAUUGGGGAGAAGCCGUUCACCUGCUCGGACUGUGGGAAGGGAUUCAUUUACCAAUCUUACCUGAAACAACAUCAGCGAGUUCACACUGGAGAGAGGCCGUUUAUCUGCUCUGAAUGUGGGAAGGGAUUUUCUCAGUCAUGCAACCUUUUGACACACUACCGAGUUCACACUGGGGAGAGGCCAUUCAUCUGCUCUGAAUGUGGGAAGGGAUUCAGUCAUUCAUCCCACCUUCGGAAGCAUUGCCGAGUUCACACUGGGGAGAAAGCUUAAUGGAUAUUUUACCAUCACAGUUACCAAAUCCAAAGGCAAGUACACAAGUGACUGGUGUCGAACUCUGCAGUUAUUGUUACUGCUAACCACACCCAGUUCUGCACCUUGGUACUGGGACUGGGUGGAGUUUCUAUUGCUGAUGUUCACAUUUAAUGGGACUGGGGUUUAAUAUUCUGGAUCUGUGAUAAAUAAAUCAGUUUUAUUUUAAA